AUGUCUUCGAGUAGUGAUUCACAGGUUGCAGAGAGAGACCCAACAGGGCAAUACGUAAGGUACAACGAGAUAUUAGGAGAAGGGUUAUGGAAAAAAGUUUACAAAGGAUUCGAUGAGGUUAACGGUAUAGAAAUUGCUUGGAAUGUGGUAGCUUUAACAGGUAGAGUAUUAAACUCUUCUUUUGAUCUUUGGCAUGUGAUUGCAGAAGCUAAAAUGAUGAAGUUGUUAGAUCAUAAAAACAUAAUGAAAUGCUAUCAUUUUUGGCUUGAUUGUGAAAACAGUAAACUUCACUUGAUUACUGAAAUUUUCUCUUCAGAGACUCUGUUACACUACAUCUGCAAACAUGUUCCUGUAAAUCAUACAUCAAUCAAGAAUUGGUGUAGACAGAUUCUAAACGGGUUGCAUUAUCUUCACACUCGUGAUCCUCCGAUUGCUCAUCGUGAUGUUAAGUUGAUGAACGUCUUUGUUGAUGGGAAUUCUGGUACGGUUAAACUAGGUGAUUUUGGUAUGGCCAGGUUAAUUGAACCAGAGAGUACUGUAUACACUUGUUGUGGUACAAUUCUGUACAUGGCACCAGAAAUGUUUGGAGGAAAUUAUAAUGAGAUGGUUGACAUAUAUGCUUUUGGGAUAUGUGUAUUACAGAUGAUCACUCGGGAAAAACUUCACCCAGAAUGCAGAAACAGUGAACAGAUCUACGCAAAGAUUAAGGCUGGUAUAAAGCCUGGCAUACUAAAAAAAGUGAGAAAUCCAGAGAUUAAGCAGUUUCUUGAUAUGUGUUUUGCUCCUGCAUGUUUUAGAUACCCUGCAAUUGAGCUUUUGAAUCACCCGUUUCUUGCAGUUGUGAGACAAGCCAAGUCAAGGCUGAGUCAAGCCGAGUUAAGUCUGAGUCAAGUCACGAGUGCUCAGGUGGAUGGGUUAAUGCAGCUAGUGAAGGAGAUUAAGUGUGAGGACAAGAUAUUCAAACUACAAGGAAGUAUGAAGCGCAAUGUUAUUGUACCAAUGAGUUUGAGUAUUAGUUAUAAUGUUGGAGUUAGAGGUAGGAUUAAGGUUGAAAAUAAGAUGAAGUUUGAGUACCCAAUGGGAAUGGAAACAGGUAACAUUGAUGAGUUUGUCAAGGAGAAGAUUGCUACAGAAGUGAAGUUGUCAAGUGAAGAUGUUGCAGUGGUUACUGAGAUUAUAAAAGAACUAAGAACAGAGAUACUAGAUCUGCAUCAUCAGGAGUUGAUAUCUGAGGAAUUAGAUUAUAAUCUUGGCAACUUUUUUGAUGAGCGAAGAUAUGCGCCACUAACUUUCUUCGAGCCCAUUGAAGAUGAAUCUGAGGCUGAGAAUAAUGGAAUGCUGAGUUGCUUAGGGAACUUGCUGUCAUCCGUUUGCAGCAACCCAUAA